CGGCGAUAUGCGUCUUCAGAUGGUGACGUCAUAUCUAGUGGACUAAUCGACACCGGAUGCUGUUUCAACAACACGGAUACUGACUCAUUCAACCACCUCCGUAGCCUGGUAGCCAACAUACAACCGAAAACAAGCUCUUUGGACCAUUUUUGUGUAUGUUGAUCUCGGUGUUUUUAACACAAUCCUCUUUACGUAUCUACUAUUUAACUUAAACAUAACUUGCUUGUUCAAUUUACAAAUGUGUUGAUUAUACUGAACCUAAGUUAAUCGUCAAUGCUAGCUAGCUAACGUCCCCGAUCAUGAGUUCACUAAGCUACUCUGCUCCUGCUAAAGAAGAGGUCUGCUGGACGGAGAAAGAGGGUCUGUGGCUGAACAUUGUCGUGAAAGAAGAAGAGGAGGGGGAUGUUACAGUAAAAGGAGAGGAAGAAGCUUUCAGUAUGAAAGAGGAGGAAGAGGAGGCUAUCAGUAUCACAUUGAAAGAAGAGGAAGAACCUUUUGGAGUGGAAGAGGAGGCUAUCUCAAUAAAAGAGGAGAAGGAAGACGUUUGGAGAGAUGGAGAGGAAGAGGAGACUGAAGAUCUGAUUAACACCAGAGAGAGACCAAACUCUCACAAUGACAGCGGGAAGAGUCCUUCAGGGAAACCAGACCCAGUGACACCCAAACCAACGAGACGACAUCAGUGCUCCCACUGUGGAAAGAGUUUUCCUUGGUUAAGGGCCCUGAAGCAGCAUAAGAAAAAACACUCUGGAGAGAAGCCUUAUCGCUGUUCUCAAUGUGGAAUGACUUUUACCUGGGCAGGAAGCCUAUGGGGGCAUAAGAGAAUACACUCCGGAGAGAAGCCUUACCACUGCUCCCACUGUGGAAAGAGUUUUAGGAAGUUAGGUGACCUGAAGGCGCAUGAGAGGACACACACAGGAGAAAAGCCCUACCGAUGCUCCCAGUGUGGAAAUAGUUUUAGCAAGCUAGGGAACCUAAAACAGCAUAAAAGGACACACACAGGAGAAAAGCCCUACCAAUGCUCCCAGUGUGGAAAGAGUUUUAGCCAUUCAGGGAGCCUUAAAGACCAUGAGAGGAGACACAGACAAGAAAAACCCUACCAAUGCUCCCUGUGUGGAAAGAGUUUUAUCAAGUUAGGGUCCCUGAAUCGGCAUGAGAGGACACACACAGGAGGGGAUAAGACGUACCACUGCUCCCUGUGUGAAAAGAGUUUUAACCGGUUAAGACAUCUGAAUAAGCAUGAAAGAAUACAUACACAAGAGGAGAAGACAUACCACUGCUCACUGUGUGGAAAGACAUUUUCCCAGUCAGAGGACCUGAAAUCACAUGAGAGAAUAGAGAGGCUGUGUUCUGACUUAUGCUUUUGACUGAGAAUUAGUGUUUUUGUUUAAUGCCACAUUAAAUCAUAUUGUUUAUGAUUAUACCUGUCUAUAUAAUACAUAACUACUAUAACACACACAGGAGAGAAGACCUUCCACUGUUCUCAUUGCUUUUGAAUGAGAAUUUGUGUUUUUUGUUUUUGAACCCACUGAUGUGUUUGGAUUUCUAAACUUUAAAUAUUGUUAAUUAUCAGUUAUACUAGAGACAUAAGAGGUGCCAUAGUCUGGUUUCUACAACAGAAGUUAAUGGUUAUGUGUAGGAGGAAUGUAUAUGGUGGAUUCAGUUAAGCUUGGAAUGUAUUGAGUGAAGGGAGGACGAUCACAUGUUGGCAGGCGCUGAUAAGGGUGGAGAGAUGUGGAUUACUCUGGAAGCGAGUCGAGGUCAGGUCACAUGAAGGGAGAAGGAACAGUUUAUCACCAGCAUCACUUAACUUCCUGCCUAGCAACAAAGAUGUCAUGUCUAGAGAGAAGGACGAGACUCCACCCAAAUUGGGGUUUAUAUAUAUUACCACUGGUGGAAAUAUGUCUUUGUCUGUUCAGCUGUUCGAUCCUUUGGGUGAAUAAACUUGGUUGGAGCUUUUA